CUUACGUAUCGACGUAAACACGUGCCGGUCCCCCAGUUACGGGUUUCUUUUGGCAUUUUCCCCCACAAUCAUCCAUCCAUCCUUCCUUUUCUCUUUCUCUCUCCCCCCUCUUUAUUCUUGGUCAGAAGCAGCAGCACAGGCCGUGAUGGCGGACCCCGUGGCGGCAGAAGCAGCAUCAUCUCCGUGCCCGACUCCGGGCCUUUCUCCAGCGGCGAGUCCAGGUUCAGAGCCUCCCUCCGUGGCUCUGUCUCCAUCGGCGGGCGGCGCGCAGCGGCUCCUUUUCUCGCAUGACUUGGUGUCCGGUCGGCACCGCGGUUCGCUGCGCUUCGGCCUCGUGCGAAUGAUCCACGGUGAGGAGGAUUGGACCGAGGACGAGGAUGAGGACCUUGAUGGCGGCGGAGGCAGAGACGGUGGUGGUGGUGGUGGUGGCGGCGGCGGUGGAGGAGGAGGCGGCGGCGGCGGUAGUGGUGGUGGCGGUGGAGGGGGAGUCGCGGGAGGCGGCGGCCGUGUCCCCGGGAGCUCGGAUACUGAGAACGGGGCACCAGAGUCACGGACAUGGCCUCUCGGUAGGGGCUUCGUGCGCGUGCAGUGGUAUCCCGAGGGCACGAAGCAGGAUGUUCGGGAAACGAAGCUGAAACUUGAAGAUCGAUCCAUUGUGCCUCGAGACUUUGUGCGCCGAAUGAAUUCAAAUGAUAAGCAGUGUGGUAUAGUGACCAACAUUAACACAGAGUGCGCUGUGAAGCUGGUGGGGACCAACUGCUGUUUAUAUCCCGUAAAUAGUCGGGACCUGCAACACAUCUGGUCUUUUAUGUAUGGCGACUACAUUGUGUAUGACUUCUGGCUGGGGAAAGUGUAUGACCUCAGCAAUCGUAUCAUCCUGAAGCUGUCUAACGGCGCACGAUGUUCAAUGAGUGAAGAAGAUGGUGCCAAACUCUAUGAUGUUUACCCCCAUGUCAGCGAUUCGGGGCUGUUUUUUGACGAGGCAUACGGCUUUUACCCGGGUCAGGUCCUCAUUGGGCCGGCUAAGGUCUUCUCCAACGUGCAGUGGCUGUAUGGCGUGAAGCCCGUCCUCAGCAAGAAGAGUAAAUUCAGAGUGGUGGUAGAAGAGGUGCAGGUUGUGGAGCUUAAAGUCACAUGGAUCACUAAGAGCUACUCUCCACAAGGCUCGGACAGUGUCUUCCCACCUCCAUCCACCAUCACACAGGAGAACCUCUGCAGAGUGAAGCGUCUGGGAUACUUUGAUCACACGCAGAGGCAGCUGGGCGAGAGAGCUCUGUACGUCUUUCCUGCUAAAGGAGACGCAACACGAAUCACCUGUGAGGGGCCAGAGGGGGCGCCGGUCUUACCCGAAGACCCAGUCAUCCGGAAGGUCAAACGAAUGUUUAAAAAACACCCAGGAAAGAAAGCGACGGAGAGCGCAGAAUCGCAGUCCAACAGUGUGCAGACGGCUGGGAAAACAGAUGAAGCUGAAGAGCAACAAUCAGAGGCACCUCAUAGCCAUACAGAGGAGAACUCUGCCCCACAAAGCUCCAAUAAUGGCCCUGUCCCAAACAAGGCAGAAGAGGAAAGAAGGGAACAAGAGCCUACAUUGCCCCAGGCACAGUGGCCUAUUCUCGGAGAGCUGGAGUCAGACGAGGACGCUGCGGAAGACACGGACGACACGAGCUCAAUCACGUCCUCGGCCAGCUCCACAGCCUCACUGCACAGCGGCCCGAGCAGAAAGAAGAGCAUCCCUCUGUCUAUCCGCAACCUGAAGAGGAAACACAAGAAGAAGAAGACCAAGUUCUCCCGUGAGUUUAAACCAGGAGACAGAGUGGCUGUGGAGGUCGUUUCCACGGUUACCUCAGCUGAUGUCAUGUGGAAGGACGGUCGACUAGAGACAGGAAUUCGUUCCAACGACCUCAUCCCAAUCCAACACCUGGACAACCACGAGUUCUGCCCUGGAGACUACGUAGUGGACAAACGCAGCCAAGCGCUGCAGGACCCGAGUGUGUAUGGUGUGAUUCAGAGAGGAGACCACAAGGCCAGGACAUGUGUGGUGAAGUGGAUCAAACUGAACUCUAUAGGAGAUGAUGUGGAGGUGAACGGUGAGGAAGAAGACGUCAGUGUUUACGACAUAUCGGAUCACCCAGACUUCCACUUUCACACCACGGACAUCGUCAUACGGAUAGGCAAUUCCGGCUCAGAGGAGUUCAAUGAUGAAAGGACUGUAGGACAAGUGUGCAGAGUUGAUGUCAGCAGUAAAGUGGAGGUGGUCUGGGCUGAUAACUCUAAAUCUGUCGUCUUGCCCCAGCACCUAUACAAUGUCGAGUCAGAGAUAGAGGAGACGUAUUACGACUCGGGUGAGGGCAGCACCAGCGGCGCCUCUUCGGAGGAAUGGGAGGAUGAGAGCGACAGCUGGGAGACCGAUAAUGGCCAGGUGGAGGAGGAGGCGGUGACAGGUGUAGAAGACUCCACCCCCAAAACAGAAGCGCCGCCUGAGGUCAAAGCCUCGACUCCCAGUGCCACGGCUAGCACAGAGUCACAGGGGACACCUGCUACACCCGAAAUGCCAUCAGGUGGAGCACCGACGAGUGACGAGAAGCCCAGUAAGGAGACGCCGCGGCUGGCCUUCCGCGAGCUCAAAGAGGCCCUGAAGAUCCUAGAAAGCCUGAAGAACAUGACUGUGGAGCAACUGUGGACCGGCUCACCCACCUCACCCACUGCAGAGCCAACAGGCGCCACCGGCACCGCCACCCCAGCCGAUGUCAAGCCCACGAAGGAAAAACGCUUCCUGGAUGACAUUAAGAAGCUGCAGGAAAACCUGAAGAAAACGCUGGACAAUGUGGCCAUCGCAGAAGAGGAGAAGAUGGAAGAGGAGCGGGUGUCGGCCCCCGCCGAACCUCAGACACCGGUGCGCUCAGAGUGGCCCAGUGAUACACCUGUCCUGUGCCAGCAAAGCGGCGGUAAACCUGGUGUCACAUUCACCAGUGCCAAGGGCGAGGUAUUCUCUGUGCUCGAGUGGGCACCAGAUACCCACACAUUUAAGAAGAUGGAGUUCCAGCCCGCUGAAGCUAAGAAGUUCUUCAGUACAGUCAGAAAGGAGAUGGCUUUGCUGGCCACGUCAUUGCCUGAUGGCAUUAUGGUCAAGACAUUUGAGGACCGCAUGGACCUGUUCUCCGCUCUGAUCAAGGGUCCUACACGUACACCAUAUGAGGAUGGCCUGUUCUUGUUCGACAUCCAGUUGCCCAAUAUCUACCCCGCUGUGCCACCGCUAUUCCGCUACCUGUCACAGUGCAGCGGGCGCCUCAAUCCGAAUCUCUACGACAAUGGCAAAGUGUGUGUCAGUCUGCUAGGCACAUGGAUUGGCAAGGGCACAGAGAGGUGGACGAGCAAGUCGAGUCUCUUGCAGGUGCUCAUCUCUAUUCAAGGCCUAAUUUUGGUCAAUGAGCCGUACUACAAUGAGGCGGGCUUUGACAGUGACCGCGGCCUGCAGGAGGGCUAUGAAAACAGUCGUUGCUACAAUGAGAUGGCCCUCAUCAAGAUGGUGCAGUCUAUGACUCAGCUGUUGGCACAGCCGGUGGAGGUCUUCCAGCAGGAGAUCCGUGAGCACUUCUGUACCAGCGGCUGGAGACUUGUGCAGCGACUCGAGUCCUGGCUGGAGCUGGAUGCGGCCGUGUCUGAUCGUGUUGCUCGAAACACCGGCACCAUGCGGGCUGAGCCACUAGACGAGGAGGUUCCUGAGGCACUGGCGCACAGCAGUCCUACAGGCAAAUCUGAGGCCAGAGGUGAGGAAGACCUUGAAGACUCUGGUCUCGGUGCCUCCAAAGACCUCAGCGUGAGCUCAGAUUUGGAUGGCUCCAGAGGGGCAGAGCCUGCACAACAGGGUGGCAAAGCAACACAGGAGUCUCAGCCGUCCGUCAGGCCGAAGAAGCGGAGGCGGAGCUACCGCAGCUUCCUUCCUGAGCGUAGCGGCUACCCGGACAUCGGCUUUCCGCUGUUUCCCCUCUCAAAAGGCUUUGUUAAGAGCAUGCGCGGCGUCCUGUUACAGUAUCGUGCAGCACUGAAUGCCACCGGCAUCCCCGAAGAGAAAUAAUCACUCAUCCGCUCAUCAUGUUUCCUAUUUUUCUCUUUCCUUCUAAAAGCUGCAUUCAAUCCCUUUAACCCGCCGACCUCCUGCAAGGCUAUGCUUCUUUAGCUAGCCAAGCACCUUUUUUUUUUCUUUUUCUUUAGUUUUUUUUUUUUUUUUUUAACUUCCAGGCGUUAAGUUAUCCCGAACCCCUCUGUUGCUGUGAAAAACGCCUCUUUCAUAUCGAUUCUGGUCUCUCAGGGAGAUAUUGAGAUGCCUGAAGCGCGUGGAGGAGGAGGAAGAGGAAGAUAGCAGAAUCUUUUUGAAGCUCGACAAAAACCAAUGUGGAAUUUUAGUGAUAUGUGAGGUAGAGCAUUGGGACAGAUACACCAUUCAACACUGAAAGGGCGUCGUCUUGAAACCUGAGCCAUGAGACCAAAACUGACGGAGAGAGGACAUGUCAUACUACUGAAACAUGCAAAAGGUUUUGCACAAAGUUUAUUGUUAAUGACCACUGGUCAAAAAGAAAAUCUGUGGCAUGUUCUCGUCCACGUCACGGUGAUGUUUUGUCUCGGCCGAUUGUCAUCCUCUUUCGUCACUGGAGAACUACACUUCCUAGCAUGCUCUUCAUUCUUCAUUCCCUCAUGAAGUGCUGGCCUGUGUUACGUUCAUUUUCACUUUUGAGCCAAUCUCAAGCUCUUUUUAUGUUAGUGUUGCUUGAACGUUUUGUCAUGUUUUGCCCCAACACACUCACAUACACACACACAACUACAUACAUACUGAAUGUCACAAAACUGCCCAAAUGUGGCUGUGAGCCUGAUAAUCAGUUAGUACGCCUGGUUACCAAGUUUACAUGCAAAAACAAACAAGACACAGGUAAACUCUUUCGAUUCUCAGAACUAGAUCACAGGAGUUUGUUUUACAUCUGCCAUGGAGACCUCGCUCUGUGUAGCUCAUUUCUGCCUUCUCUUUAAGCUCACUCCGUUCAUGUACAAUACAUUUUACACUUUUUAUAAGGAAAAGUUACAGUUUUGCUACUGUGUCUUUAUAAUCCACAAACAAGUGUUAAGACUUGUGCUAGAGACGAGCUUUCAAAGAUCUGGGCUUGAACAAAGCGUAUAGACACGAUCCCUACAUCCUUCCUUCUCUCUCUCUCUCUCUCUCUCUCUCUCUCUCGCCUUCUCCAUCCUUUCCCUUAGUUAGCGAACAUCUUCUCAAUUAUCCAGUUUCAUACACUGCCCCACUUUAAGAUGCCAUACGAUACACACUGCACAUUAUUCUUAACAGAAGGAGUUAUUUUUAGAAGCACAAUCCCAACCCUUUUCCCAUGCUGUGAAAUAAUACUUUUAUCCAACUUCAUUCUGACUGUAUUCGUCUUAGGUAUAGUUGCAUUUAGCACUUUCUUUUUAGUCAUUGUGUUUAUGGAUCAACCAGUAUUCUGAUGUAGCACAAAAAGGGAGGUGAAUAUUGUAUACAUAUCCUAUUCUGACCACCAGGGGGCGACAGAGCACUUUUUAAAGCACAGUGUAAGGAGACGCGACAGAUAACAGCAUGGCUUUGGAUCACCCACUUUUGUCUGUUUGGGGGGGGGGGGGGGACUGCAGCAGGCUGGAGGACCGUUCUUCUUCUUUACACCAGAAGAGCUGUAAUUAAAGCUGCUGCUUUGUAAGUGAAAGGUGGCAGGAUUUAAUAGUGUACUCGUUAUAUUCUUCUGGAGACUCGAUGCUAAACUACUGCAGUUUCUGAGUGCUGUAGUCACAUCAUUUCCAAAUUUCUCUACAUAUCAUUUAUACAUAUAUUUAUAUAUAUAUAUCAGGCUGUUUCUUUCUUCAGUGUUCAUCGAUUAAAUGGACUUACGAUUACCGAUUAACGAUUACCUUCUAACCAGAAAAGACCUGGCUAUGCUGCAUUAAAUCUGGGUUUCUCUGCAUCUACUUUACCGCAUUUAAUUUUUUAAAAUGGAAGCUCAAUAGAUCCGCAUGUUAGUAAAUGAAUUCUAGUAUUACUGCAAGGAAGAAAAACUAGUGUUAGUGCGCGCACAUUCAGCACAUUUUCCCUGUUCAUUUCUUCAUUCCUUUUUGUCAUUUUUCUUACUUUAUUUUGAUUUUCUGAUGUUUCAUUCCUCUCUCUCUCUCUCUCUCUCUCUCUCUCUCCUUACCCCUUAUAUUAUUUUUUGAUGCUGAUCAGUAAAUAGAUUGCUGUAUAAAUCUUUGACUGCUGUGAUUCUGCUCUUUGAGCGAACCUGGUUAUUUAUGGUUUCCCACAGCUUUAUGCAUCUUACAGAAAUGUAUUAGAAUUGCAUUCUCUCCACCUUCCUGAGUAUACUUUUGACAUGAUCUACUAGGAUGAAGAUAUCCAGAGAAGCACUCUGUAAAACCAGACGUGGAAACGUCAUGCCAUGCACAUUCAGAUAUAGUCUAGUUUUCAUCUUCCAUCAGCUAAACAUCAUGCCCUUUGCUGACAGUGUGGAUGUAUUCGAGCAUAGAGAAAUGGAUCUUUAGCACUCUGAUCCAGGUGGAUCUAAAUGGCACUGUUAUGACCUACAGACGUUUGCACCGCAUUUCUGAAUCGGAGCAGCAAAACCGCAUGCUCCCCACGUCCUCCAAAGUCGAUUCUUCCUAUUAUAAAGAUCUUUAUCCUCUUACUGAACUUUCCAGCAGUACAGUCCAUCUCCAUUCUGGUUGCCUGUGCAGCGUUUUUACAAUCUUAAACAAAAGAACAGACGGAUCUUUUUAGUUUGAGUUUGUUUAUUUUUUCCAUCAUAUUUGGGAUUCGGUUGAAAUGCUGCUUCUUUCCAGCCCUGUGGAUCUACAUUUAAUUAGGACUUGGUUCAGGACAUGGCCCAUGUUUAACCCCUCUCUUAUUGUGACUGUGUCCUGCUGUUAGCCUACCGCUCAACUUUGGCCUCCAACCCUCCCCAGUUCUGCUACAACAAAAACAAAUGUGAAAGUCUUGAAACAAAUCAGACAUCGAGCGCUGACCCGUUUUUCUCACCUCCGUGUAGAAAAUCCACCUUCAGUCCUGUUGACGAGAGACAACAGCCAAAGCAUGUAACAUGUCGCUUUAAGCCUUACGGCUGCUCACAAGACUUGACUGUAUGAUAUAGAACAUUUCCACAGUGGCCUGUAUUGGUAAACUAAUGAGAAGAGAAAAACAAAAAACAAAAACAAGAUUUGUAGCCUGAUUUCCUCUGUACAGAAGUCAUGACUAUAUAUAAAUACAUAGAUUAUAUAUAUAUAUUUAACAAACAUGAGUUCAAGUGAUUAAUGUGAAUGCUUGGGGCAUAUUAAUUGCGGAGUGUGUGUAUUACUGUAUUUUCUUUUGGUUCCUUUGUAUUUUUUUAACAAUUUAUUUUGGUUGCAUUAAAAAUGUAUAAAGUGAAGCAUUAAACUCUUGGCGAGCAGAA